ACACACACACACUCACACAGUCACACUCGCUAGUAAUACACAUUUUUAUUUACACCAACAAUUAAGUGUUUACUGUUUAACGUUAACGUCAUUAGCAUUGAUCAGUUUAACACGUUUUCAGUUGUUUAGUCUAUUUAGACACUAGACAGUUAAAUAUAUUAAAUCUUUAUCAAUUCAACUUUUAAUUUUGUUGGUUUUAUUCAUUUUUAAAUUUUAUAGUUAGUGUGGUUUAAGAUUACCGUAUCUCAUUAUGUUUUCGUUUUUGAAGUUUUUGAAUUCUAAAUCAGAUGAUGAAAAGAGUAAGGGGCCCAACAGCUUAAGUGGUAAAACUUUAAACCUAAAUAGUCCAGAGGCCAGGGCUCUCAAUGUUUUUAAUAACAAGUCGCCUAUUGCACGUAAAUCUAAUGAUACUUUAAGAUCUGACUGUAAAGAAACAGUAACUAGUCCUGGAUUUAGUUUUCGUAUAGCUCAAAAAGCGCGGGAAAUGAGGUCAACAACGCCAAACACAGAUGUAUCAAAUUUAUCGACAUCCUAUACACUAGAAAAUAGUUUGAACGGAAGCAAUUUAAUUAAUGGUAGUAAUGCAUCAAGAGACAUAUAUGAUAAGAAGCGGAAAUUGAUGGAAACAUUAGAUAAUUUUGGAGUAAGAAAAAGAACUCGGCAAGAGGUAAUAUAUAAGAACGGUGUUGAUGCAUUUGUCAAUCGACGUCGAAGAACAAUCAGUGAAUCUAAUGCACCUGACCGUGUAAUAGUAAUGAAUGGACAUAAUCAUAGAUUCAAUCAACCUAUACCAACAGUAACAAAUUCUUCAGCUGCUAAUGUAGAAAACAAAAAAACUAAAAGACAAGGAGAUUUUGGAACAAAUAUGUGUCAUCCUCAGAAAAAACCCAGGACUCGAAAUAACGAAAUAUUGAGCUCCUAUAGUUCUAGCAAGUUUUUACUAACGCCUGGGCAAAAACGACCUUAUCCAUCUGACCAUGAAGAAGAAUCACCAGAUCGUAAGCAUUGCAAAAGUUGCACAUGCUGUGGUUCUACUGUCUUACUUCAUAAUGACCUGAAUAUUUCCAAUAAAAGUGAUAAAACCACAGAAACUGACCUGUCUAAUGAUUUAGUAACAGUCGCAGCAAGUCGAAUAUUUAACAGAAGCGGUAAAACUCAGAUCAUUAAAAAAAUAUGUAUGAAAACUAUACUUGAUGAAGUAUUUGAAGAUAUUGAUCCUGUACCAUAUACAAGUAUUGACAAGCUUGAAGAAAAAAAGAAAAAAGCUCAGAAAAAAGUUAUUUCAAUUGAACAGUAUAAUGAAAAGUCCAAUGUGACAAAUGGCAACCAGUGUGUUGAUUCUGCUGCUCCAUUACCAAUAAUAUCCACAUAUAAUGAAACACAACCAGCAGUAACUAAUAUAAUGUCUACUGUAACAAGUACUUCAUCUAGCACUACAUUGAUCACAACAUCUACAGUACAGUCUACAAUGCCACUAAAAAUUGAUCUUCAAUCAUCUGAAAAUACGUCUAAGAUAAGUGAACUAAACAAAAGUAACACUUCAUUACCAUUUAGUUUUGGUAGUCCAAUAGCUUCUACAGUAACAUCUGUCAAGGAAAAUCUUAAACAGGCUAAUGCAGUAGAUGAGAAAGUAAUUGAUAAAAAAACACCAGAAUCUACUAAAAAUAAUAUUGAACAAAAUAAGUUUAUUCUGUCUCCAGAAACAAAUAAAAAUAUUGUUAAUUCACAAAAUGAAGGACAAAACAACUUUAAUAAUGAUAAAGAUAAACCAUCAUUUCAGUUAACUGUUCCAGUAUCUAAACCAAAUGAAUCUGUUAAGGCUACUGAAAAAUCAUUAGAUAAUUCAAAGAAAGACGCAGCACCAUCAUUAGUUUUUGGAAGUCAAGUGGAUAAUUCUUUAAAACAAGAUCAACCAUCAUUUACAUUUGGAGUACCCAAAGCUGAUAAACAAUUAACACCUGUGAUGCAAUUUGGAGUAUCUAAAGCUAAUAAAAAACAAUCAACACCCAUACUGCAACCUGAAGUACCUAAAUCUGAUGAAAAACAAUCAACACCUGUAAUGCAAUUUGGAGUACCUAAAUCUAAUGAAAAGCAAUCAACACCUGUAAUGCAAUUUGGAGUACUUAAAUCUGAUGAUAAGCAAUCAACAACACCUAUAAUGCAAUUCGGAGUACCCAAAGUUGUUGAUAAGCAAUCAACAGCAGUACUGCAAUUUGACUCGUCUAAAGUAGAUAAACAAUUAUCACCUGUAUUACAAUUUGGUGCACCUAAAGUUGUUGAUAAACAAUCAACACCUAUAAUGCAAUUUGGUGCAACUAAAGACAAUGAUAAACAAACAACAUCUAUAGUGCAAUUUGGUAUAUCUAAAAGUAAUGACAAGCAUUCAACUCCUGCAUUACAAUUUGGUGCAACCAAAACAGAUAUCCACCAAUCAACUCCUAAAUUGCAGUUUGAAGUAACAAAAGGAUCAGAGAAUCCAACAUCUACUCCGUCAUUAUUCUCGUUUGGUAAUAAUCAAAAAUCAAUAGAAAAUUCAAAACCUACUGAUUCUGUAAAAUUUCAAUUUUGUCCUUCAAAACCUGAUAAUGCAUCUUUAACAGAAUCUACAAAUGUGGUUGUUUUCGGAUCAAAUUCACAAACUAAAAAUCUUUUUAACUUUGGGAACACAGAUAAUAUAACAUCAUCUACUGAUAAUCCUCCUAAAUAUGAUACUACUACUGAAAAAUCAACACCUAAAUUACAAUUUGGUGCUUUGCCAACACCUGCGUUUGGAGUAUCUACAGCAGAUCAAUCAAAAUCUCAAUUUAGUAUUCCUGUUAGUCAAUCUGCUAUUAACCAGAGCCCAAAAUUAGUUUUUGGUAGCCAAACAACAGACAACAAAUCAACAACUUCUGGCAUGGUUUUUGCUAAUAAUACUGCGAAUCCUAUAUUUCAAUUUAAUAAUUCUGGUUCAAAACCUGGUGAUAAACCUUCAGAGACUCAAAGUAGCUCAUUUCCUUUCAGUUCUAACAAAACUACUUCAGCUUUUGGAACUUCUGAUAAACCAGCGUUUCAAUUUAAUACUCAAAAAACAGAAGAAACAAAAACCCAGUUUUCAACUUCAGCUUUUGGAUCUCAAAAUACGAGUGCUCCAUUUAAAUUUGGGGGUAAUGAAAAACCUGCUUCUUUUGGAACUACUUUUCCUUCUUCUAAUCAACCAUUACAAUUUACAAAUAAUACCGAAAAAGCAGUUGAACCAUUCAAAUUUGGAAGUACAGUUCCAACGAGUAAUGCAUUUCAAUUUAGCGCCAAUAAAACUGAUAAUGGUCCAGUAAAAUUUGGCCAAGCUUCCAACACGUUUGCUACAUCUGGAUUUAAUGGUUUUGGCAAUUCAGCACCUCAACAAACCAACACAUUUGGUGCCGUUCAAUCACCUCAACCCUCUCCGUUUGGCAACAUUACUUCCCCUAAUGCUGCACCUACAUUUGGUAGUGUAGCUACAUCUCCAUCUAAUACAUUUGGUAGUGUAGCUACAUCUCCAUCUAAUACAUUUGGAACAAAUCCAAGUUUUCAGUUUGGUAGUACAAACAAUGCUCCUAGUAGUUCAUCUACUUUUGCUUUCGGCAGUAAUUCACAACCUACUAAACCAGAUGGGGCUUUUAGUUUUAAUUCUGCAUCUACAACUGGUUCGCCAUUCCAAUUCGGCCAAGCCCCAUCAACACCACAGUUUGGUGGAACUCAACCAAACCAAGGGUCAUUUGGUUUUGGAUCACCUCCAAUGUCUGCAACUGUUAUGCCAGGAUCAAGUCAACCGUUAUUUUCUAUGGGAACAGCUCCUGCUGGUGAAAGACGUAAAGCUAAAGCAGUUAGAAGACGACAAUAAUUUAAUUAUUACAGCUAGGAUGGAAAUUUUUUGUUAGGAUGCUUUCAGUUUAUGGAGGUACAAUAUUUCAUCUUUAAAAAUACAAACACACUGUAGUAAUAUCUUAUACAUCAAUUUGACUAUUACAAUAAGUUUGAGAUGUAAAUUAAAUUAAUUUUUGUAUUUACAUUUAAAAAAAAUUUCAAACUUCAAUUAUUUAUCAACAAAGUAUUUUGUUGUUGCUCUUAUGGCUUAUUUAUUCUUAUGUGGCAUUGGUUUGUUUUGAUUUGAAAGUAUGUUUUUUUAUUUAAUUUUUAAUAUUUAUUUGAAUUGUUUGAUAGUAUAGUUCUUAUUGACUUGUUUAUUUUAUAAAUACUGCACUUCAAGUAAUCAAAUAUUUAUUUAAAAAAUUAUUAACAUCACAG